CCCUGAAUCUGCGGUCAGCUGUUUGUGGUUUGUAAACGUUUAGUAGCAAACAUUUGGUUUUGAGUUUUAUGACUAAAUAAAAGUUAUUAUUAUUCCUAACAUAUUAAUUAUAUAAAUGGCGGAUGAUGAAACUAAUAUACAUCGAUUGGAGGGCACAAAUAAUGACUUCCGCGGUGGUCUGAUUAUUAAAAAAAAAGAUACCGGUGAUAGUAAAUUUAAAAUUCCUAUGCCAUCAAUACUUGGUCUUGACAAAUUGGCAGCACAACGUCGUAAAGAGCGGGAAGGAACGCAACGCCUAAUUUCGUUUAAAGACAAUGAUUAUGAUGACACUGACAAUACAGCUUUGGCUACACCAACUAGCAGUGAUUUUGCUUUCAAAAAACCUGACACGCAAAGUUAUCAAAAAAUAAGUAAACAAAUACGUGAACAAAAAGUUGAGACACCUUCGCAUACUGGCGGUGUUUCGGAACAAGCGCGCGAAAGACUCCGUGAACAUAUUAAUCGAGUUCGUAAUAAAGGUGGUGUAAGGUAUUCAACCCACGACCACAACGAUAGAAACAAACAUAAGCGUGAUAGAGAUCGAAGACAUGAUCGUGAAAGAGAUAGAGAUCGGGAUUAUGAUAGAAAUAGACGUAAUCGAGAUGCGGAAGGUAGAAAUAGAAGUUCAAGAUCAUCUCGUGAACAACAUACUCCACGUAAUAGAGAUGAGCCGCGUACUCCAUCCUCAAUUUCAGUAUCAAAUAGUUCUUGGGAUGAAGAUGAUGGUGAACGUCCUUCACAUUCUAAAAAGUCAUCAUGGGAUUAUCCUACGCCGAAAUCAUAUGCUAGCUCAGAACGUGGUGAUUGGUCUGUUCGCAGUAGUAUGAGUAGUGGUUUUAAUAGUAGCAGUAGUAGUCGUAGUCGUUCUCACAAAAGUCGACGCAAUGAAGAUGAUACUGUUAGACCUACACCAGCACACAAAUACAAUUCUUGGGCCAAUGAUAGAAAACGUUCUGGCGCUACGCCAGCUAACGAACAAAGUAGUACACGUCAACCAUGGGGCGAAAGUGAAGAAGAUCGAGAUUUGUGGGAAGAGGAACAACGUCGACUAGACCGCGAGUGGUAUAAUAUUGAUGAAGGUUAUGAUGAGGAAAAUAAUCCAUUUUAUGGCGCAAAUGCAGAAUACUUUAGGAAACGUGAAGAAAUUAUUGAACAGAAACGUACUAAACGCAUAAGUGCACAACAACGUCAAAUCAAUAAAGAUAAUGAAUUAUGGGAACGCAAUCGUAUGCUUACGUCCGGUGUUGUUAUGUCAAUUAAUGUUAAUGAAGAUUUUGAUGAAGAAGCGUUGGAACGCGUACAUCUUUUGGUACAUCAUAUUGUGCCACCUUUCUUGGAUGGUCGCAUUGUAUUUACUAAGCAACCUGAGCCGGUUAUACCGGUGAAAGAUCCCACAUCAGAUAUGGCAUUGAUUGCACGCAAAGGUAGCCCUUUGGUGCGUGUUUAUCGUGAGCAAAAAGAACGACGUAAAGCACAGAAAAAACACUGGGAACUUGGAGGCACGAAACUGGGUAAUAUAAUGGGUAUUGAAAAGAAAGUGGAAGAAGAAGAUGAAAAAUUUGACAAUGAAAAUGAUACUGCUGACUAUAGGCGUGAUCAAAAAUUCGCAGAACAUAUGCGUGAACAGGACUCUAGAGGAAAAAGUGAUUUCGCUCGAAAGAAAACAAUUGGUGAACAACGUCGGUUCUUACCUGUAUUUGCAGUACGUCAAGAAUUAUUAAAUAUUAUACGUGAGAAUUCGGUUAUUAUUAUUGUUGGUGAAACUGGUAGCGGUAAAACAACGCAGUUAACACAAUACCUACAUGAAGAUGGUUACAGUAAUUUUGGUAUGAUUGGUUGUACACAACCGAGACGUGUAGCCGCUAUGUCAGUGGCUAAACGUGUUUCUGAUGAAAUGGGUACAAAGUUAGGUGAAGAAGUUGGCUAUGCUAUACGUUUUGAAGACUGUACUUCGGAAAAAACUGUUAUUAAAUAUAUGACAGAUGGUAUUCUGUUACGUGAAAGUUUAAGAGAUCCUGAUCUUGAUGGAUAUUCUGCAAUAAUUAUGGACGAAGCACAUGAACGUUCACUUUCAACAGAUGUACUUUUCGGAUUAUUACGGGAGGUUAGUAGUUAA